UAACCAGACUGUCUGCUGACUCUUAUCGACCCUGUAUAUAAUGGGGAAGUUUCAGGCAAACGGUCUGCAGUACAGAGGACGUCAAAGGCUGUUACGAUGCGUGGUAUCUUUGCUAGCUGUGCUCUCGCAGCACUUCUGCUAGCUGUAACCUUGGCACACCCCCACCAUCAUGAGCACCAUCAUCAACACUCCGACCACAGCCACGGUGAGAUGAACUGCCACAAGCUGUCUGCGCCCAACGCCGACUUCAGCUUUAGCCUGUACAAGAGCCUGAACGCCAAGGCUGCCGCUGGGAAGAACAUCUUCUUCUCCCCACUGGGCAUCUCCACCGUCCUGUCCAUGCUGUCCACGGGGGCCCGUGGGGAAACCCACAGGCAGCUCUUCUCCAGCUUGGGCUACAGCGCUUUGGACCAGGCGAAGGUCAACGCAGCGUAUGAGCACCUCUUCCACAUGCUUGGCCACAGCCAGGCGAAUCAGCGGUUGGACGUCGGCAGCGCGGCUGCAGUGCGCUCUGGCUUCAGUCCUCUGGAGACGUUCCUAAAGGAUAUCAAGAAGUUCUACUCUGCUGACAUCUUCAACGUCGACUUCGCACAAGCCGAAGAAGCUGCAGCUGAGAUCAACAGAUUCAUCGCCAGUAAAACAAACGACCUAAUCAAAGAUAUGGUUAAGGACCUGGCCCCUGAAACGGCCAUGGUGCUGAUCAGCUAUGUCUACUUCAGAGGACAGUGGGAGAAACCUUUCGAUGUUAACCUGACCCACAAGGCGGACUUCCAGGUGGACGAAAACACCAAGGUACAGGUGGACAUGAUGAAAAGGAUGGGACGCUUCGACUUCUAUCAGGACUCCGACAACUUCACCACCGUCAUCAUGCUGCCCUACAAGGGCAACACCUCCAUGAUGAUCGUCCUGCCCGAUGAAGGCAAAAUGCAGGAGGUGGAGGCCUCCAUCUGCAAGGACCACAUCAGGCACUGGCAUGACCAGCUCUUCAGGAUGUCUGUGAAUCUGUACCUGCCCAAAUUUUCCAUCACCGCUGAUGCCUCCCUGGCCGACACUCUUAAAGAAUUUGGAGUGACAGACGCUUUCUCAGACAACGCUGACCUCUCUGGCAUGUCUGCUGAGAUCAACCUCAAAGUCUCAAAGAUAUCUCACCAGGCUGUGCUCAGCGUGGAUGAAACUGGAACAGAGGCGGCAGCCGGCAGCACCAUGGAAGUCAUGCCUAUGAGUAUGCCCGAAGAAAUGACACUCAACAGGCCCUUCUUGGUCUUCAUCCUGGAGCACUCUACCAAGAGCAUCCUCUUCAUGGGCAAGAUCAACAACCCCACAGCCGUGUAAAGAUGCUCGGGAAAUGACCGUUGAUCUUUGUUGCAUUUUUUUUCACACUGCAAUAAGUUUGGUUGGCAUCUGAAAAUCUGUUUUAUUUCAGCAAUUGAAUGCUCUGCUGAGAUGUUGCAGUGAAAUCAGGAGAAUGGUGGAGAUGGAAGUAGAGGAUGGUUUGAUUAACUACGCAACAGAUCUGUCAUUAUGUAGCAGAAGUGACACAUUAUCACCACCUGUCAUCUAACCCUGGUGAGGUGAACAAUGUCACGAUACAUCGGUAUUGUAUCCGGUUGAUUGUUGUAUGAUGCAGUUAAUAGGAAACCUGAGGAGAUAUAUCACGUACACAUUGUGUUAUUUGGAUAUUGCUGUUUUAACAAGGUUCAACAUGAAGUGAAAUAAAGGCUUGUCAUGAACAACCAA